AUGGAGAAGUCCUCCUUUCCCGCCCCACCGCGGCCAACACGACGACCGACACGACCGUCAACCAAGUCGGCGCUCCUCUUCAUUCCACUUAUCGCAUUCCUGUCUCUAUACAACCUCAACGCCAAUACUCGACAAUCGUUCCAGAACUUUUUCACUCUCGACGGUUGGGCAAUUGAGACUGGUCCACGAGUCGAAAGCUCUGCGGGAACCUUUGUCGGAACCGUGCUUGAUGACUUGAACCAUCCCGUGCCAAUCGAAGCUUUCCUCGGAAUUCCAUACGCACAGCCACCAGUCGGCCAGUUGAGGUUCGCGAAGCCUGUACCGGUCGAGAGCAGAAAUGGCACUUUCCAGGCGACGGAGUAUUCUCCGAGAUGCCCUGGCAAGCAACUGCUUCGCAUUCCUGGCACUCCUUGGCUGGAAGCCGAUGAGGACUGUUUGUCGUUGAACAUCUUCCGCUGGAGAGGUAGCUUCCCUACUGCCAAGCUCCCUGUUCUGGUUUAUAUUCAUGGUGGCGCAUACAAUCGUGGCUUCGCGGCCAUGCACGACACUGCAUCAAUGCUUUCCUGGUCAGAAGAACCAUUCAUUGCAAUCAGCUUCAAUUACAGAAUUGGAGCCCUCGGCUUCCUCAACAGCGGUCUGACCGAAAAGGAAGGCCUCCUGAACUUGGGUCUUCAUGACCAACGUCUGGUUCUCGAAUGGGUGCAGCAAAACAUCGAAUCGUUCGGCGGCAAUCCCCAGGACGUGACCAUCGCUGGCCUCUCCGCGGGAGCGCACUCCAUUGGCCACCACAUCCUGAACAUCAACGAGCCACGCACUUUGUUCAACAAAGCCAUCGUUGAGUCUGGCAGCGCUAUCUCGCGAGCGGUGCACCCACCUAACUCAGCCCUGCACGAAGAGCAAUUCACCCAAUUGCUUCAUGAAGUCGGAUGUGCCAACAAACCCGCCGCCGAGAUCCUUUCAUGCCUUCGCGCCGCACCCCCAUCCGCCGUUAUAGAGGCACAAACCACCAUCUUCAACUCUUACAAUCCUUCUCUCCGCUGGGCCUGGCAACCCGUGCUCGACAACGACAUCAUCUCCCGUCGUCCGCUCGAAGCCCUGCGGUCCGGAGAUUACCACAAAGUUCGCCUCCUCACCGGUUUCAAUUCCAACGAAGGAUCGAUGUACGUUCCCAAAUCGGCCUCGACCUCGUCAGAAUUCACAAACUUCUUCGCAUCUCUGCUGCCGCACCUGUCUAAAUCGGAUCUGGAGAAACUGAACACCCUCUACCCGGAUCCGGCCACGAACCCAGAUUCUCCGUACACUGACACCCGUGAUCUCGCCUCCCUUGGCAUUGGGCCCCAGUUCAAGCGCAUCGAAGCAGCGUACGGCCACUACGCCUACGUUACGCCCGUACGCCAGACCGCUAAAAUACUCUCUUCGUCGAACGAUGCGCCGGUCUACCUCUACCACUGGGCUCUGAAUCGCACGGUCCUGGCAGGCGCCAAUCACGGCGAUCAGAUCUUCUACGAGACCAUGACACCCGCUUCUCGCGCUGUAUCACCAGCUCACGACAGUCUUGCGAGGGCGUUCAAUGCGUACUUGACAAGUUUCAUUGUCACCGGCGACCCGAAUGCGUUGAGCGGGAAGAAAGCCAUCGAGAGGCCGACCUGGCCAAUCGUUGGCAAGCAGGAGGAGAGCUUGGUUUUUGGAAGGGGCAACGAUGAGGCUGCUGGAGGAGUAGAAAAGGGCCAUGGGAUUGAGAGUGGGGUGGACGCGUGGGGAGCUGAGCAGCGGAAGUUCUGGGAGGGUGUGAGUGAGAGGUGGGAGGACUGA